AGGAGGAGAAGGAAGAAGAAGAAGGUGCCGCCGGCGUCGGGAGGGAGGAAGGAGCGCGGAGCGGUGCAUCCCGCCGCCGGGGAGGCUCGGCCGGUGACAUCGCCUCUGGAGCUGCCGAGAGAGUCGGAAAAUGGCUGCUGCGAGAAUGUUUUUUAGGGGACUUUUCCUAAAUCUUAAGGAUGAUAAACAGAGAAGACAAAAGAAAUGAAGAGAGAAGGUUAAAACUAAACCUCUCAUCUGAGAUUUGACCUCAGAGGGGAAAUCCUGGAGGUGAAGCCAUUGCAGAGAAGAAGUAAAAGAAGGAAGUGUCUGUGUGACAAGAAAGCCAUUUAACAAUGAAAAAAUUCACACUGUUUGAUUUUGUAAAUGAUAAUUCACUGCAAAUUGGAGAGACUUCAUGGAUCCAGGACCUUCCCUGUGAUGACAAUGAACUGGAAAGGCUUCUGAAACCUAAUGAGCACGUACUAGUAAACUGGCCUGUGGGAGAAAGAAAGACAGAAAAGCACCUGGUGAAAGUUGUGUACAUGAGUGAUGACCCCCAAGAGCUGGUGGAAAUGAUGCAAAAGAUAUUACGAGCAGAUGAAAUUACAAAAAUACAAGUCCUUGGAAAAGGCAAGAGGAAGAGGAUAGAAAUGAUAUUCUCAGAAAGUGAGGACAGUGACCUGGAUAAAGAAAAGGGGAAGAUGAUGAAACAUAUAAAAAGAAAGAAAUCAUUGCAGGCAUCUGCUCCUGCCAACAUCCUGAGUCAACUUGAAACAUCUUUAAUUAACAAACAGAGAGAACCAUAUUCAAGAAGCAACUUUCUAUAUAGUGAAAGUAGCAGUGAUGAUGAAGAGCCUUUAUUUCAACUCUCCAAGGUAGAACUAUGUGCCAAAAUUAAAAGUCUCAAGAGGAAGCUGACAGAUACCAUGAGAGAAAACUGCCGCCUGAGGCAGUCCCUGGUGAUGCUUCAAGUGUUGCCACAGGCAGUCACUCACUUUGAGGAGCUGGUAGGGAUGGCUGAAGCGCUGCUCAAAGGGGGAGUGACAUCAUCCACGUCCAGUCUGCAUCCCCAUGCUGUUUGGAAGGCAUCUCACAAUCCAUUAGCAGACUCCUAUGCAGCUAUGCAUAGUAACUCCAGCUCACCAAUCACUCUGAAUGUGGAAGAUGAGGAGCAACAGACUGAAAAACAGUUCAAGAUCGAAAAGUGGCAGAUUGCACUCUGUAACAAGAGCAAACCUCAAAAAUUUAUAAAUGACUUGAUGCAAGCACUUUAUACACAUGAAUACAUGGCUACACACAGCCUGACAGGUGCAAAGUCCUCCUCUUCAAAGGACAAAGCAGCAAAACCAGCUAUGAAUCAGAACGAAGUUCAGGAAAUCAUAGGAAUCACAAAACAGUUGUUUCCAAACACAGAUGAUGCUUUAAUUAGGCGAAUGAUGGGACAAAAACUGAACAAUUGCACCAAGAAGCCAAUUUUAAGCAAAGACCUUAACUCAGGUGCUUUUCAGAAACAUAGUUUUUGCGGUUCAACAGCUGCUCCUCAGGGCAUCCUCUCUUCGGCUGUUCCUCCUUGCACACAAGACCAGCAGGAUGAUGAUUCACCAGCUGCUAAUGCACAACUUCAGCAAAGUGACAGCUGCCUGACUCCUCCACCUCCCGCCCCAGAAGGUCAGCAGGAGUGUCCCAAACCCACUUCUUCUAAGGUGGAGUCUCAACUCGCCAGCAGCUCACCAGCGCCCUCUCCCAGCCAGGGUUGUGGACAGAAUCUCAGGAAUUCAGACAAGGAAUAACAGGUGUUUCAUUCCAGCUCAUGUGCUCAACAGAGAUUAAGAAGCAGUAUGAAAUAAAAAAGAAAUAAUACCUAAAUUGAACUAGAUAUAUGGUAGUGUCCAACAGUGGACAGAGAUAGAAGCCUGAGAACAUUUUCUCAAACAAAUGAAGAUUCCAUAGAUUAGAAAAAAAUUGAAGGCAUAUUAAUAUGUUUGAAUUUAAGAUGUUAUAAGAUAUAUGCAUGUUAUGCAGUAAUUAAAACUUGUACUGAAGAAUACAAGUAGAGUCCCCCUUAGUUAGAAAAAAACAUUAUUUAAAGUACUACCAAAAGAAUAUAUAUGAGGAACCAUAAUUCCCCUUGCUUUCACCUUGACAGCUGAAGGAAAACUGCUCAACUGAUCAAAGAAAGUUAUUGUAUAUUAAUACAAAAAAGAUAUAGUGAUAUGGAGAGAAAAUAGAAAGACCUCCUAGUGAAAUGAAGACCGUGGCCAGCACAGGAGUAGAAAGCACAGGGCCACAUGAGUAGAGAGGAAGAAAUUAAAUAGCUGUUUAGGGCUGCUACUAACUUGGAAAACAAAAUAACUUUCUUAGGCCAAACUACAACUCUCAAGAUAUCCAUAGGAAAAAACCAGUUAUUUUUUAACCUCUCAAAGUAGGAAAGGCAAUGGAAGAAGCCAUGUUCCUUUGUAGCUCAGGGAAGACUCCUCCAGGAGAGCCUGUUUGGUUAUGGAAGCCAUUCUCUCACAGGGAUUCUGCUGCUGGUACUCUGCUGGUUUGGCAGCUCUUACUCCCUUUCUUCUUCCCUGACCAUCAGGUCCACAGGAUAAGGGUGCCUGGUCCCUUCAGUGGGGAAAUAGAGGACCCGUCAGCAGAAGCUUCUA